UCCGCCGGAAGCGACUCGGGCUGUUGUUGUUCUCUUGUAAUUGGGCUCUCGUUUUGUGGUAGUUCGUCCUCUACCCCCUCCCCUAGCGGGUGAGGUUACAGCGACGGGCUGGAGAGGCAAAGUGGAGCUAAGACACUGGGAGCGAGAUGGACAUCCUGAAGUCAGAGAUUCUGCGGAAGCGGCAGCUGGUGGAGGACAGGAACCUGCUGGUGGAAAAUAAAAAGUACUUCAAGCGGAGUGAACUUGCAAAAAAGGAAGAGGAAGCUUAUUUUGAAAGAUGUGGCUACAAGCCUAUAAGUGAGAAGCCUUCUGGAGAGGUACAGCCAAAAGAGGAUGACCAGAAACCGCUAACGUCAUCAAAUCCAGUGCUGGAACUUGAACUAGCAGAGGAAAAGCUUCCUAUGACUCUUUCUAGGCAAGAGGUCAUCAGAAGACUGAGAGAGAGAGGAGAGCCAAUGAGGCUGUUUGGGGAAACUGACUACGAUGCUUUCCAGCGUUUAAGAAAAAUAGAGAUUCUCACACCAGAAGUUAACAAGGGCUUAAGGAAUGACCUGAAAGCGGCUCUGGACAAGAUUGACCAGCAGUACUUGAAUGAAAUCGUGGGUGGUCAGGAACCUGGAGAGGAGGACACACAGAAUGAUCUGAAGGUUCACGAGGAAAACACCACCAUUGAGGAGUUAGAGGCACUGGGGGAGUCCUUAGGGAAAGGUGACGAUCACAAGGACAUGGACAUCAUCACCAAGUUCCUGAAGUUUCUUCUUGGUGUUUGGGCUAAAGAAUUGAAUUCCAGAGAGGAUUAUGUGAAACGCAGCGUGCAGGGCAAACUGAACAGUGCAACCCAGAAGCAGACCGAGUCCUACCUCAGACCACUUUUCAGAAAGCUCCGGAAAAGGAAUCUUCCUGCUGAUAUUAAAGAAUCAAUAACAGAUAUUAUUAAGUUCAUGCUACAGAGAGAGUACGUGAAGGCGAAUGACGCUUACCUUCAGAUGGCCAUUGGCAAUGCUCCCUGGCCUAUUGGUGUCACUAUGGUCGGCAUCCACGCCAGAACUGGCAGGGAAAAGAUUUUUUCCAAGCAUGUUGCCCAUGUCUUAAAUGAUGAAACCCAACGAAAAUACAUUCAGAAAGCUACAGUCUAAGAAGGCUUAUACUAGUUCCUUCUCUGCGGGGAGUGCAUUCAGCAGCCUUCGGUGGACACCGGAACACUGGAGAGUACUGAACCCUAUACACCCUACCCCACAGCCCAGAUACGUAUUUAACUAUGGGGAAAUUUGGUUUAUUAAUUAGGUUGAGUAAGAAAUUAACAGCACCGGCUAGACGUGGUGGCAUAUACCUGAAUUCCACUACUCAGUUGGUGGAGUUAGAGGACCCUUGUUUUAAGCUAGCUUGUGUCUCAGAUAAUCAUAAUACACGGGGGGAGGAGGGCAGAAGAGGGGCUUGUUAAUAACUGCUUAUAAAAAAGAGCAGUUGUAUUGAUCUUCUGCAGCGAGAGUUGUGUGAAUACGGCCUCCCUGGAAACGUGGUACUCUGACCACUGUGCUAACGUGAGGAGUGGUUUCUGCAUAAGGAGGUGAAGUGAGGCCGCUGAUGUAGGGGGUGCUGUGGUGAUGGAGGCUCCUGCUGAGCUUCUAGUGCCCCUGUGACAGUAUCUUCAAGCCAUCAUAAUGGUUGACUGAAGGUAAUGAAGUGUGGAGGAUAAAACCUCAGAGAAGGGAAGUGACGUAGCAGGGCACAGCGCAGGAGGAUAUUGGGAAGUUCCUCAGGAUGGGCACUUGUCUUUAAGACAGCUUCAUGGAGUAAAGGACACCAUGACAUCAUACAUGAUGAUGGGAGGGAGGGAAAAUCAGGCUUUUAAUUUCUUGGCGCUAAAACAAAACUUGUGGAAUUUGUUUUAUUUUGAAACAGGGUCUUCCUGUAUAGUUCAGGCUAGCCUCAAACUCAGUGUCUCUAC